AUGAAUUUCAGUUGAAAGUAACGAAUCAUAUAGUUAUAGUACAAGUAACUAGUUAAGUAUCUGUAUAAAUUAUGUUUCCAGGUGCUAGUAAUAAUUCUUAUAAUAAUUAUGGUCCACCUCAAGGUCCACCACCUCAACAACAAGGAGGUUAUUAUGGUGGACCUCCACCAGGACCUCCCCCAGGAAAUUAUGGUGGAUAUGGUGGAGACGGAGGUUACUACAGAGCUCCACCAGGGCCACCACCUCCACAACAACAACAACAACAAUAUGGAAACCAUAAUCAAUAUGGAUCUGGUGGUGCUCAUGGACCACCAUCGGGUGCUCAAAGUUUUGGACAAAAUACUAAUUACACAUUUCAAUACUCUAAUUGUUCUGGUAGAAAAAAGGCUUUGUUAGUUGGAUGCAAUUAUUUUAAUUCUCGUAAUGAAUUAAAAGGGUGUAUCAAUGAUGUUAAAAAUAUGAGUAAUUUCUUAAAUCAAAGAUGGGGUUAUAAAUGGGAAGAUAUGGUUAUUUUAACUGAUGAUCAACAUGAUUUAAGUAGAGUUCCUACUAAAAAUAAUGUUAUCAGAGCCAUGCAAUGGUUAGUUAAAGAUGCUAGACCAAAUGAUUCUUUAGUAUUUCAUUAUUCGGGUCAUGGGGGUAUUACUAAGGAUUUAGAUGGAGAUGAAGAAAGUGGAUAUGAUGAAGUUAUCUAUCCAGUUGACUUUGAACAAGCAGGUCAUAUAGUUGAUGAUGAUAUGCAUGCAAUUAUGGUUAGACCAUUACCUCCAGGUUGUAGAUUAACUGCCUUAUAUGAUUCAUGUCAUUCAGGUACAGCAUUAGAUUUACCUUAUGUUUAUUCUACAAAGGGGGUAAUUAAAGAACCAAAUUUAUUAAAAGAUGCCGGUAUGGGAGCAGUUACUGCAUUAAUGGAUUAUGAAACAGGUAAUAUAGGAGGAGCAAUUUCAGCCGUUACAGAUAUAUUUAAAAAAGUUACUAAUCUGUCUAAUGUUAAUCAAGAUAGAAUUAGACAAAUCAAAGCAUCACCAGCUGAUGUCAUAUCAAUUUCUGGAUGUAAAGAUGAUCAAACUAGUGCUGAUGCUCAAGAAAAUGGUCGAGCUACAGGGGCUAUGUCUUGGUCAUUUAUUAAGGUACUAACCGAUAUGCCGGAUCAAUCAUAUUUAUCUUUAUUAAACAAUAUGAGAACACUUUUAAGUCAAAAAUAUUCACAAAAACCUCAAUUGAGUUGUUCUCAUCCUCAAGAUAUGAAUAUCAGGUUUAUCAUGUGACUGCGACCGUUUAAACUAUUUCUUUAUAUAGCAUCUCUUCUACCAGUUUCAAUUGAUUAUGUGCCUCGUUUAUUCUACUUGCCACAAAACAAAGAAAAAAAAUGUCUGGAUUUGAUCCAG